AGUGAGAUUUGAGAUCAUGCGAUGAGCUAUUCAAGUGUGCGGAGAUUUUUCAUUGUGCAACAGAAACGCAAAAAAGUGAUUAUUUAGUGAUCCUCAAACACCUGAAGUGAUUAAAAGAAAAUAAGGAAGAAAAGAAAAUGCCGCGAAGGAAAAGAUCAUCAUCGACGAGUUGUGAUAUUUUUGAGGAUGAUUUUGAUGAGGAUUUAGGAGAUGGUGGGAAUCAGCAGCAAUUGCCAAUUCAGAGAAAUGCCGCAAAUGCUCGUGAAAGGGCCAGGAUGAGGGUCCUCUCGUCUGCCUUCUGUAGACUCAAAACAAAACUCCCAUGGGUGCCGCCAGACACCAAAUUGUCCAAACUGGAUACACUACGCCUGGCAAAAGGAUACAUUCAGCAAUUGGAAGCAAUCCUAGCUGGGGAACCGAUUGAGGAUAAUCUCCAAAUUGCAUCACAUCACAAUAAUUUGACAUGGCCCUUCAUCUUCCAGAAUGCAUACGAUCAGAGGCAGGUCCUUCAUCAUGCAAAUAUUCGUCAAAAUAAUGGUAUUAUCCUCAACAAGGAGCAAGAAUUCCACCAUCAAGAUGUGAAUGUUCACACAGGAUCGUCUCUUUCAACGAAUUCUUAGCAAUUUUUGGACCUUUCUUUUAGUUCUAAUACAAUAAAGCUUCUAAAAUAAUUUUAUUUAUUAAGGAAUUUAUUAGAUCUUUUACUAUUAGUUGGUAAUUUUCUUCAACUAGCUAAGCUACUUUUAAGGCAGGAUUUAUGAGCAAUUUUUGAGUCAACUUUCCAACGAAAAAUUUCAAUCAAUUGAUUUUAUUUUUUCUUUAAUUUCCCAUCUAAAACAGACCCUGAAGAAGAUUUGAGCACGAGAAAAAUUUUAUUUUUUUAUGAGCAACUUAAAAUAUUUAAUGAACAUAAGAAAGGACAAAUUGUUCCUUUAUUGUUCGGGAUAAUUAUUAUUGAGCAAUCCUUUAAUAUAUUUUUUAAAAAGUCUUUUAAGCCCCUUAGCGAUAGAAUAAAUUGACCAUUUCAAAGGAAUUAUUCAAAGAAAUAAAAGAAAUUUUAAAAUUCAGUCUUCCUUCGUCUAUUUAACGUCAAUUUGUUGAUUUUUCGAUACAGAUGGGCCCUUCCUCAGGGUCUACAGGAAUUCAUAUCUAUUAAUACAAUUUUGAUAUUAUAUUUCCAUUUUUUUUAACUUUAAAAGAGUCUAACAAACUCAUCGAAGAAAUAUUAGCGUGAAUGUUUUGAAAUAUAUUACAGGGACAAAAUUGUUUCAUACCCAUAAUAGCCUCCUUUUCCCAUCAAGAGAAGACCUUGAGAAUGAUCCAAUUUGCAUCGAAAUGUCAGCAAGUUGAGGAUAAAAAACACAAGAAAUCGAAUACUAUUUUUUGCAUCGAAACUGCUGAAUUUUCUAUUUAUUUUUGUACUUGAAAUUUUUUUUUCGAGAAACAUUGAAACAUGAGCUUUUUUUAUCACGAUAUUCAUUGCCUAGAUGCUUUCAGAGGACUUUUCUCACUCCGAACGUCUUCUUUGGCCUCUUUUGUGUGAAUUUGAUGCAAUUGUAACUUGCAAAAACAAUUAAAUUCAUAAAUAAUUGAAAAAAUAAAAUGUUUCACGUUUGAGUCUACGUAUGACCCAAAAAAACACGAAAGGGUUAAUAAAACUGUUUCAAUUUAUUCUGUUUCUUUCAAACUUGAUACUUAAAUUCGCAUUAAAUUGAAACAAUAUUUUUUAAGCAACAGACUCCGAAUUAAAGAAAAUAAUUCAAUAAAAUUUUUAGAAUAAGAAUCAUUAAAACUCUUACAAUUUUUUUAAGGAGAAAAACACGAGAUUUUUUCUUCGGAAACCAUUUUUUUAAGAUUCUUUACGACAUUUGAUUCCUUCCUCAGGUCUGCAAUUACGUUAUGGAUAUUCUUUUUUAACUUUUAAAUAAAGCUUUGAAUUAACUGAAGUUAAAUUGUCAAGAAAUAUGUAAAAAAAAUUGAAUGUGACUCUUCAAAACGAAAAUGCAGACCUGAGGAAGGAAGCGUGUGUCUUCGAAAUGUCGCAUUAAUCAAAACAUUAGGAAUUUCCAACGGUCAAAUUCCAUCUUUUACUUCCACAUUUAUAAUGGAAAAUUCAAAGAAUUUCUUUUUAAAUUAUUUUUUUCAAUCAAAAAUUCUUUUGUUUGAAAAGCAUUCUAAUUAAAAUAUUUUUUUCUGUGAAUUUUUCCUCAUAAAUCUUUCCUUUCAAUUAAUCGCUCACAGAGAUAUUUUUAGAAAGAUGAUAAGAGCUUUAAUCUAUCGAUCUGCAAGAGCUUAUGGACUUUGAUAGGGGACAGAUAGGGCUAUCAAUAAGAUAUCUCUUAUCAAUUUACGGGAAAAAUUAUUAGAAUUAAGUACCCAAAACCAAAAAUUAAAAAAAAAGAAUAAAAUAAAUGUAUUAAAACCCAAAGAAUGAAUGCAAUAAAA